GCAGUUACCGCACUGAUGCUUGCUGCAGCAGACGGGAGUGUACAGUCCAGACUCGAACAGAACAGAGUGAGUAAGGGAAGGAGGCAGAAACCAAACAACUACUGAGGAUAGAGCAGAGCCAGAUAGAUGCAGAAACUGGUCAGGUUAUCACUGUCAUAUACUGCGUGAACAUAGGACUGAAAAUAGAAUCAGAGGAAAGAAGUUGAACAAAAAAGAGACACAGAAAUCAGCCUCAUCAGGAACAGGUGCAGGGGACGAGGUCUGACGUUGUAAGUUUAGGCGGAUGCUUAUCGGCAUGUCUCGCUCUAUGAGGCUGCUGCUGCUGCAGAGGUCCUUCAGCGACCACAUCAGGUCCUCUACCUCCAAAGCCCUAGACAUGCUCAGUAAGCCUGCUCGGGAGAGUCGCCUGGCAGAGAUCGAAGCCAAAGAGGCCUGUACCUGGCUCCGGGCUGCAGGGUUCCCACAGUACGCCCAGCUUUAUGAGGAUGCCCUAUUUCCCAUUGAUAUUUCUUCAGUCACCAGAGAUCACGACUUCCUCGAUCGGGAUGCUAUUGAGGCUCUCUGCAGGAGACUGAACACCCUCAACAAGUGUGCUCUAAUGAGACUGGAGAUAUCACCGCAAAGAAAAAGAAGUGAGGACUCAGAUGAAGACGAGCCCUGUGCCAUCAGUGGCCGCUGGACCUUCCAGAGAGACAGCAAGCGCUGGUCCCGUAUGGAGGAGCUGGAGGUUUUUUCCUCGCUGCCUACAGAUGCCACCCAGCCGCCAUUUCCUAAAGACCAAGUGUCCCAGAAAGGCAAGCUCGCCCUUCGUGAAGGCAACAGUUCAGAGAGUGUGCUGACUGACCUCAGUGAGCAGCCUGAAGUGGGCUCCAUCCAUAGCAGUGGGAGUGGAGGACGAGGAGAGGAGAAGAGCCAUGGGGCCGCCCUGAUAAAUGAAGCUGUACCAGCCGGUGCCACCCGUGCCAACUCCGUAGCAAGCAUGUGUUCAUCCUCAGGCACAGGAGGGUCAGGAUGUGCUAAUGAGGACUCUCUGUCUGAUGGGUUGCCUCCAUCGCCGCUGGAGACACUCAGACAGUUCACAUUUGAUGUGAAAACAGGAAUGGUGGGACUGGGGGGAAGUCUGGACCGAGGAGGUGGCAGCGGCAAAAGUACACGAUCAAGAGCUAAGAGCUUCCUCAAAAGGAUGGAGAGUCUACGACUUCGCAGUGGCACCUCCUCCAAGAGAAAGAAGAAGGGGAGCACCAGUGGAGGCAAAAUAGAAAUCAGCGGUCCUGUCAUCAAGGAGGGUCUCGAUGAUGACAAACUGCGGAGGCUCAACUGUGUUGACAUCUCCAGUAUCAACCUCAAUCAGAACCUCAAUCACCACCGCAAUCCCACCCAGACUAUGACACUUAACCGAAAUCGCUCUGUAUCUUAUUCCACUCAGACCAGCAACGGAAGCACUGGAAGUACCGGGAGCAGCCAGUCUGAAGCCAGCAGUGGAAGUGCGGUGAGCACACCGAGUCCGGUGACUCGAGCUCGCAGCCACAGCACGGCAGCUGGCUCAAGUAAAAGAGGAGGAAUGUAUUUGGAGGGCUUUGAUCCUUUCAGCAUUCUCCAACAAGCCUCAGAUCGCCAGCCAACACCUCCACCCAAAUCUGCCCCGCCCAUCCCCUGCCAGGCUAGUAAUGGGAUGACAGUUGAUGAGCAGAACCACAGGAACAACUGCAGCAUUCAAGACAAAAGCAGACAAGGGGAAGAAGACGAGGAGGAGGAAGAGGAGGGCAUGAUCUUCUUCUAUUUACCAGAGGGCCACAAGCCUGGAACCUUCCCAAAAGCCCUGCAGGAUGGGAGUUCGCGCAGUAACAAUGGACAUGACAACGGGAACUCGGUGAUCCUCAGGGGACGGCAAAGUAGACGACAGCGACGCGGCUCAUCAGGCUCAGUCGACAGCCGGCUUAGCUUUUAUGACAACGUCCCCUACGCUGAGAGAGAGGAGGGAGAAGAGGAAGAGGGGGAUGAGCACAAAUUAGAGGAAGUGCUUCAACACGUCAGUGGCCUGCAGCGUUUUGUUAAUGCCUGGUCAGAGGCUGAGGCCGGUGAAGAGGAGGAAGAAGAGGAAGAUGAAGAAGAAGAAGGAGACUCUGAUUCAGCCCUGGACUCAGCCUCCCCAUGUCCAUCCUCUCCUCUGCAGAACCGACUGGAGGAGACUGAAAACGGUAGUGACCAAGACAGCACAGGAAACCCCCUUGGCGAGGGAGAGGAGGGGAUGAGAGAGAGAAGAGACUCUGGUGUUGGAGCAUCCCUAACCCGAACCAGCAGACCACAGAAACUCCGCUGGCCGAGCUUCCAGAACUCCCAUCGGCCCAGCUUGGCCUCCGCCCAACUCCAGAUUAGCUGCCAGUCUGUGCUACAGAUGAAUCUGCUCCAGAAGCUAUCCCUUCUACAGCUCACUGCUCUGCUGGAGAAACACACCCCUACAAACAAACAUGGAUUCAGUUGGGCUGUGCCAAAGUUUAUGAAGCGGAUCAAGGUGCGCGAUUACAAAGACAGGAAUGUGUUUGGUGUGCCACUACAAGUCAUCGUCCAGCGGACAGGCCAACCCCUCCCUCAAGGAAUUCAGCAGGCAAUGCGCUACUUACGCAAUCAGUGCCUCGACCAGGUGGGUCUUUUCAGAAAAUCGGGAGUUAAAUCUCGUAUUCAAGCUCUUCGCCAGAUGAACGAGGCGAGUGGCGCAGAUGGAGGAGGAGUCAACUACGAGGGACAGUCGGCUUAUGACGUUGCCGACAUGCUGAAACAGUACUUUAGAGAUUUACCAGAACCCCUGCUGACUAGCAAACUAUCUGAGACCUUUCUCCAGAUCUAUCAGUACAUGCCUAAAGAGCUUCGUCUUCAGGCUGCUCGUGCUGCCGUGCUGCUGCUGCCGGACGAGAACCGAGAGGCCCUGCGAACGCUGUUGUGUUUGCUAAGUGACGUGACGGCCAGCGUGGCCGAGAACCAGAUGACUCCCACCAACCUGGCUGUCUGUCUGGCUCCGUCCGUCUUCCACCUCAACACCCUGCGGCGCAAGGAGAGCUCCUCGCCUAGGGUGAUGAACCGGAAGCAGACACUGGGAAAGCCAGACCAGAGGGACUUGAAUGAGAACCUGGCUGCCACUCAUGGUCUGGCACACAUGAUCCAGGAGUGCAGGAAACUCUUCAGGAUCCCAGAAGAAAUGAAUCGCUGCAGGAACUCCUAUGUGGAGCAGGCUCUGUUGCCACAACGUUUGGAGGAGCUUGCAAGAGAAGAGGCCGGGCAGGGAGGCUACAGAGCGUACCUACAGGACAGCCUAGACACCCUCCUCAAAGAGGCCAAAGACAAGUUCAAAGGUUAUGACAGCUGCUCCACUCCUGAGCAUGCCGAGCUCUCCUGUAGGAAGGUGCAUGAUGGGUUUCCACUGCGGCUGUGGAAAGUGACUGUGGAGAUUCCUGCAGGUCCUGAGGAGGUUUUGACGCGGGUGCUGCGAGAGCAGGGACACUGGGACGAGGACCUGCUCGAAAGCCGAGUCGUGGAGACGCUCGACGAGAGGACAGAGGUCUACCAGUAUGUCAGGAACACCAUGGCUCCACAUCCCACCAGAGACCACCUGGUGCUCAGGACAUGGGUAACAGACCUGCCAAAGGGAGCGUGUGCUCUUGUGUGUACAUCUGUGGACCAUGAAGGGGUGCUGGUGGUGGGUGUCCGAGCCAAUGUCCUCACUUCACGCUACUACAUAGAGCCCUGUGGAACCAACAAGUCCAGACUCACGCACAUUUCCAGAAUCGACUGCAGGGGUCGUUUCCCGGAGUGGUACAAUAAACUGUAUGGACACUUGUGUGCUGCUGAGGUGGCGCGGAUACGAGACUCUUUCACCGUGCCCAUGGACAAAUGAGAAGGCAAUUUGGACACUUUCUUGAAAUGAAAGGAUUCAUUCCUUCAGAGGGUAGAUGCGGUCCACACCUCAUUAUGCUCACAUUUAAAGGACAAACCCUGGAUCCUGGAUUGAAGGACUUUUCGUGCCCUACAUCAACACAGAUAUUGUGUUUAAAACUGUUUGGGGCUGUCAGUGUGCUGCCGAAAGGAGUCGUCACACAAACGUUUUUCUGGUCCAGAGGACAGGAUGUUGCUGAUACAGGAUGUGUGAUUUAAACUUUAUCCAAAGGGUGCUAUUGCUUCUGAGAAGCAAGGGGGAUUUAAUGUGUGCCUGUGAGUGCGAGUAUGAGUGCGAACCAACAAACGGUUAAUACAUAUACUGGUUUCCAGUCGCAGAAUAAUGUGUACAUAGAGUAUUUCAUUCACACAGUAAUGGUCGGUGUCUGUCUUGUGUUACCUCUGUUCCUUUUUCUGUUACAGCAAAGCACAGGAGGAAUAGUAGACAUUAUUAUGGUCAGCUGACUGAUGAAUCCAUGGGUGAAGAAAGAUGUGAAAGUGCUGGUAAUAUGCAGACUGAGUGGAGACAAUAGACAGGAUAUUGUGAGAUGACAGGUGGCAGAUAGCACAGAGGGUUUUAGUGUUUCGAGGUAGAGACAGAUGAGUGCUGGUGGCAGGCUCACCAAAAAGAAAGGAACGAUCAACGAAAGAGCCUCAUUUACUGACAUACAAAUGGAAGUCUCUUUAUUCCCUCAAGGCGAAUUUGAUUCAGUUAGUCUCGAUGUAUCAUGAGCUUCAUAUGAAAGUUGUUUUUGUUUCUGGAGAUACUCUGGCAAAAUAAGUCUCUAUGCUAGUAAUGCAGCCACAAUGGGAGGUCACGUAGACAUCACAUGAUAACAAAUUACAACUUCAGACCAACACAUCGAAUGGACCAAAUAAAGGAAAUAAAGCUGAAAGAAGUAGCUUCCCCUUUACUGAGCUUUUUCUCACUAUUACAAUGUUAGAGAUUAUUUUGUUUAGAGCACAGCACAAUUCACAGCUUUUGAAAUAGUUGUCGACCAGGCAUCGCUCGUAUACUUUAGGAAAUAAAAACAUAUAGAGAGAGAUUUUAUAAUUGCUUUGAUGUACAUGAGAACAGAAAACACAAUGCACUGUUCUAACGCAACACAAACCUCUAGCAAGUCCUCUCAGAAAAGAUGAAAAGAAAACGGAGAAAAAUGGGCCUUUUAUAAAGGUGGAGAUUUUACAGGUUUUACUGUAAAGAAGAGGGCCGAUUGAAUGUGUGAUUUUAAAAGGAAGGAAAAAUAUUGUUGCGUAAGCUUCUCUCUCUGUACUGUCUUGUCAGUGUUUUAAAAAAGAAAUUAGAGAUUUGGGUCCUCAUAACGGUUGACCUUUGCUCAUAACAUGCUUCGAUCUGAGGGUGCAUUGUUCAUGUUGAGUUGUAUGAUUAAUACACUAAGCCAUUGUUCAUAUCAUAGUUGUUUGUACCUAAUAACUGUGUCUUUGCCAAAUAAUAACGCAUGACAAUGACAGUUAAUUUAAAGCAAAUAUAUUUAUACCUCAGAUAUAUGUUUGUUUUGUAUCAUAUCAUUGUAUUUUAUUUUAUUGUACAUGUUAAGCUUUGUGUUUCAGAAAUGAAAAAAAAUGUUUUAUCUUUUUAUUAAUAUUAUUUCUGUACAGGUUAAUCAAAGUGCACUAUUAAAUGUAUUAAAAAUAAUAA